UUUUUAAAUGGAGAGAUCCUAGUGCACAAUUUGUGAAUAUUGGUCCAACAACACGCCAUUUUAUGUUUACCAACAUUAUUCUAAUAGUUGAGUCCUUGCACAAGAUGCAAACACUUUUAGCCAGACAAGUGUAGCUGGAACAGGGUUGAACUUUUACUCAUGCUGGCGGUCUUCUGGCGGUCUUCUAUACGGGGAGACUUGCGGUUGAGAUCAGUUGAUUCAAUGUUGAUGGUGAUGGUGAUGGGGGGCUGAAAAAUCUAAUAAUGCUUAACUAGUGGUGAAAUGUCUGGCCUUCAAAAGCUAUUUUUGAACUUUUGUUGAAAAUUCCAGGAUGCCCCAGAGCAAGAUAUGACUAAUGAAAAUGGCCAGCAAUAUCCAUUAAAAAAGUAUCCCACUUUCUGGUAAUUAGCUUUCUUGGUCAAAAGCAGAACAGACCGUUGUUUGUGCUAAGACUCAUCACUUGUCCUAAGACUACUAGCUGCUAAAAUUUUCCCUUCUUUCUUUCUAUUACUCGGAUCCUCUAUCAGAAGAGAAGGCUAUACUCAAGCAGCAACACAACAAUGGCUGACGCUAUUGUUGGUGCCACUGUCCAGGUUCUUCUUGAAAAGGCACUUUUCCUUGCCACUAAUGGGACUGUUUUGGCUUUUGGAUUCAAGGAUGAAUUGGAGAACCUCAGGGGGUCUGUUGCCAUGAUCCAAGCUACCUUGGCUGAUGCUGAGGAGGAUAAUCUAAGCCAUAGCAAGGUGGCGCAACUUUGGCUGAAGAGGCUCAAAGAAGUAGCUUUUGAUGCUGAUCAUGUAUUGGAUGAGCUCCGCUAUGAAAGUCUUCGUCGCGAGGUAGAGUCCCGCAACAAACAACUCAAAGGGAAGGUAUGCCUUUUCUUCUCCUUCUGUUAUAGUUUUAUUACUUUUCGUCGCAGAAUGGCUCCUAAGAUCAGGGGCAUCAACAUCAAGUUGAAAAAGAUAAAUCAAGAAGCCCACGACUUUGGACUGAUUGGCAUUCAAAUGGCAGCUUCCCUUCCCGCUAGUAAUGAACUGACAAUAAGUCGCCAGACAGACUCUAUUGUUGGACAAAAUGUUGUCGGAAGAGCCAAUGAUGAAUCCAAUAUAGUUGAGAUGUUGUUGAGCUCUUCUGAAAAAAUUGUCUCUGUUAUUCCCAUUGUUGGCAUGGGUGGAAUCGGGAAAACAACUUUAGCCAAAUUAGUGUACAAUAAUCCACAGAUUGAUGCGCAUUUUGGCAAAAAAAUUUGGAUUUGUGUGUCUGAAAAAUUUCAGGAGGUAGAGCUUUUCAAACUGAUUUUAGAAUCAUUGACGGGAAGAAAGGUUGAUUUGUCUAGUAAAGAUGCUAUUGUAAAAGAAAUUAAAAGGGAAAUGAAGGACAAUAGAUAUCUGCUAGUUGUUGAUGAUGUGUGGAAUGAAAAGCCAAAAUUAUGGGAUGACUUUUUUGAAUCUUUGGCCGGAAUAGUGACCACAAACAGAAGUAGGUGUCUUGUCACUACUCGUUUGGGACAAGUGGCUACUAUUGUGUCCAGGCAUUCUCCGUAUUUGUUAGGAAAGUUAUCUGAUGAUGAUUGUUGGUCUAUCUUAAAGGAGAAGGCAACUUCAGGUGGAGAAGUUCCAGAAGAAUUCAAUCUCAUGAGACAGCAAAUUUCAAAAUGGUGUAAUGGUCUACCACUAGCUGCAAGUGUACUUGGAGGUUUGUUGCGUAUAAAGAGAAAAGAGGAGUGGCUUUCCAUUGUGGAGAAUCGGCUUUUAAACUUGAAGGAAGGUGACAACAGUGUCGAGCAAAUACUGAAAUUAAGCUUUGAUAAUUUGCCAUCUGCAUUGAUUAGGAAAUGUUUUGGAUAUUGUUCUAUAUUUGCCAAGGAUAGCGAAAUAGAAAGGGAUCUUCUAAUCGAACUCUGGAUGGCAGAGGGUUUUCUUGAACCGGUUUUGUGCAAUCAAUCAUUGAUGGAGGAUGUUGGUGAUCAAUAUAUUAGAGUUUUAUUACACAGUUCCCUAUUGGAAGAAGUAAAGUAUAACUGGAAAACAUGUUAUAAAAUGCAUGAUCUGGUGCAUGACCUUGCAGAGUCCAUUUCAAAACCUGAGUGUGUUAAAUCUGAGAAUGGUGGGAUAGACAACUAUAAUCAGGUUCGCUAUCUUGCAAUAAACUCAUCUGAUGGAAUAACAAGAAAGAUCUUGAAUGAUACAUCAGCAUCAGUACGUACACUUUUCGUAACAAGGAGCAUAUCUGGUGACAUGCUGCCUAAAUUCAGGAACUUGCAUGUUCUAAAUUUGCAUGGAGCAGGUCUCAAGGAGCUGCCACCCUCAAUUGGCAAACUAAAACAUUUGCGGUUUCUGGAUCUUUCCAAUUCUGGAAUCAAAACUUUGCCGGAAUCUCUUUCCAAGCUUUAUACCUUGCAAACACUCAGGAUUGAUUGUCUUCGAUAUCAAGAUGGAUUCCCAGUUCAAGUAGGUCUUCCAAAACAGAUGAGCAAUUUAAUUAACUUGAGACAUCUUCACUAUUUUAAUCGCGAUGUAGAAUUCCAAAUGCCAAUGAAUAUUGGACUUUUGACUUGCCUUCAAACGCUAGAGUUCUUUAAUGUUGGUAAAAAGAAGGGUCGUCAAAUUGAAGAGCUCAGGUGCUUGAAAAACCUUAAAGGCAAACUGGUGAUACGGAAUCUUCAGCUUGUAAACAGUAAAGAAGGAGCUGAACGAGCAAAUUUAUGUGGAAAGCCAAAUCUUCUAAAUUUGGAAUUUCUAUGGAGCCAUAAGAAUGCAGAAAGUGACAACGUUGAGGGAGAUGUACUAGAAGGCCUUAGACCUCACCCAAAUUUGCAAGAGUUAUACAUCUGUGGGUUCAUGGGUGAUCGAUUUCCAUACUGGUUUAUGAGUUUGACAAAGCUAGUAGACUUGAGCCUCAUAGACUGCAGUACAUCCAAAGAACUUCCUGCAGGGCUAGGACAGUUGCCAUUCCUCCAGAAACUAGAAUUCAGUGGAUUGGAAAAUGUAAGAUACAUUGGGCCUUCAUUCUAUGGAAUUGAUGAUGAUUUUGGAAAGGUAGGAGGUCAACUAGAAGUUUUGUCCAGAACAUUUUUCAGAGCCCUUAAGGUACUCACUCUGAAAAAUAUGGGAAACUUGGUAGAAUGGAUGGAGCCAGAUAUUAAUGUGUUUCCUAUGCUUGAGAUAUUGACAAUUGAGGAUUGCUCCAAAUUGACUACAGCUCCUAGUCAUUUUCCAAGUCUUAAAAUAUUGGAAAUCACAAAAAAUGACCACGUUUCUGUGGUAAAGAAAAUUCUUAGCAAAGUUUCCACCACUCUCUCAUCCCUCACGAUAAUUGGUAACACUGGUAUGACUGGGCUGACAUGUCUUUCGGAUGUGGCUCCCGGGCUAACAGGCAAAAAUCUUCACAAUUUAAAAUCUCUAACCUUGAGGAAGUGCCCUGAUUUAACACGUCUGGAGGUUUGCAGCACUUCUCUUCAGAAUUUGGAGCUCAUUCAUUGUGAAAAUUUGAGGGAGUUGCCAGAAGAUCUGUGCAGAUUCCAGUCAUUACGCAAUUUGGAGAUGAUAGGAUGCCCGAGAAUUCAUAGCAUUCCAAACAGUAACUUAGGACAGCAAAGCCUCCUCAAGUCUCUCGAGCAUUUGAAGAUUACAGAUUGCAAUGCAUUGGCCAGUGUGGAUACUGAAAUGCUGGAGUCCUGUGUGGCUCUUAAGUGGCUGUGUCUUUAUGACUGCCCAAAUCUUGUCUCCUUCCCAAUCCUGGAGAGUUUGCAACAAAUGCCUUCUCUUGUAGGGGCUUCAUUUCAUAAUUGUCCCAAAUUGAUUACUUUGCCCAAAGGAUUUGGUUUUCUUCCCAGCUUAAGACAAGUGAGGAUUGGCCCUUUCUCAACUGAUGAUGACCAUCCUUCAAUGACAAAAGAUAAUGGGUUUGAUUGGUUUGGAUUAAUAUCUUCUUCGACUCUCCGUAGUCUAGAAGUUUAUGGGUUGUCUUCUCACAAGGAGUCCCUCCCACACCAGCUUCAAUACAUGACUACCCUGACUCAUUUAUACCUGCAUCAUUUUGGAAUGGAAGCUUUACCAGAUUGGUUGGGGAACCUUGUCUCUCUUCAAUCCCUACAUCUUUUGGGUUGUAAAAAGCUUCGAUAUUUACCUUCCAUGGCUGCCAUGAGAUGCCUCACCAAAUUAAAUUAUCUACAUGUUGAUGGUUGUCCUCUGUUAAAGGAAAGAUGCAGUCCUCAGAGCGGCCCCAACUCCGAGUGGUUCAAGAUUUCUCAAAUUCCCCUUCUAAACAUUUGCUGACAGUUCACUAAAAUUCGAUCUUUGGAAGACUGCUCAUCCUGUGAGAUUUUCAACUCCUAAAUCUCCUUGAGAAUUCCCUGUCUUGCUUUUCCUUUUUUUUUCUUUUUAAAUAAAUUUAUUUUGAUCUCUUUCUUGGGUUCUCAUAAUAUACAAAUUAUAAGUACAAGCUAUUUCUUGCUUAUCAUUCACAUGGUCUAGCACGUUCUGAUGGGAACUAAAAUGGCAAUACUAAUUUUUUCUUUGCUUCCCUCCAUCAGCAGAGCAUUGGCAUAAACAAGCCAUAGUCCCAUGCAUGCUUUGCAUUUUUCCAAGAAAUAUAGCUACUUUUUCUUAUGAUUAACAUGGCUGUCAAGAUAUACAUUUAAAUCCCUAUGUACUAGAUUAUUUGCAUUUUGUGGCAUUAUAUUUGCUGUGAAAAAAUCAUAAGAAUAGCCCACCUUUUCUUAUAUGUUCCAGUUUUUUCAAUGAAUAGUAGAUGCCAUGAUUCAUCAUAGCGUUAAUAUCUGAAUGCACUCUUUGUACUUGGACCACCAAAAGCGUCAUUCUGAAAACUAGGUAGUGAGACAAAUGAAGAAACACUUUGGGACUGGAGUAAAAAUCCAAUUCAGAUGUUCAUUUUCUUCUUUUCAAAUUUUGGUUCACCUUAUACGUCUGCUAUUGAGUGCUGUCGGUUAUGAUUGCUAAAAUUAGAUACCUUUUCUUUUUUUAAAUUGAGAAUGUACAAGGAUGAAAU